GAGUUCUGCCUGGAAUAUCUGGACCUUGGACCGCGAAGAGUUAAUUAAAGAUUCGAUGAUUUCAGUGCACCCAACGGUGUACCCUGCCGAACCUUUCAACCCUGAAGAAGAUACUGCUCUCCUUCGAACCGCCAUGAAGGGUUUCGGUACCGACGAACCAACCAUCAUCGACGUCCUCGUCCAUGGCGGCAUAGUGCAGCGUCUCGAAAUUGCCGACAAAUUCAAAACGAUGUACGGAAAAGAUUUGAUAUCCGAAUUGAAAUCGGAACUCGGUGGUAACUUCGAAAAGGCUAUCUCAGCGUUAAUGACACCGCUGCCGGAGUAUUACGCUAAAGAACUCCAUGAUGCAAUUUCCGGUAUGGACACUGACGAAGGAGCUCUCAUCGAGGUGCUAGCAUCGCUCAGCAAUUAUGGCAUCAAGACCAUAUCUGCCGUUUACAAGGAACGUAAGUGAACCCGCACAGUGACGCAUCUUCGAGCAAUUACGUUACAAUGCAUGAUUGUUUGUGGAGAACGAGCGAAUUUUAAUUGAAUUCGUGAAACGAACGUUACGCAAGGGGUUAAGUUCUUUCGGUCGGCACUAAAAGGGUUAAUCAAGGGUCACGUUUUCCCUGAAACAAUGCUUUCAGGAUGCCAUUAGA